AUGAAGUUGAAAAAGUUCCUCAAAUACCUCGUUUGCGGCCUACUGUUGGUGUUAGCCUCCGGGUCCAUCCGCUGUAGCGAACUUGGUCCAUCCGACAUUCAGCAAGGCGAGCUGCGACAAACACGAGGCGUCCUGGACUUCCUGUUUGGCAGGUUCAAAACUUGUGGCAAUUGUCUUUGUGGACGACCAAAUCGACCAGGCGAGACACGAUUUCUUGGUGGAGAAUACACGAAGGCUCACGAGUUUCCUUGGCUAGCGAACAUUCACGUGAAGUCGCAACUGAUUAUCAGCGGGGUGCUGAUAAACGAUCGUUACGUUCUAUCUUCAGCUAGUCAACUGACCAGUGCAACUACGCCGGAAAUAAAGGUGUCCCUUGGUGAAUACGAUCGAUGUAAUCUGGAUGUGUCAUCGACCACUGUCAGCGUUGAAUCUUUGAUCCUGUACCCGGAGUAUAACACGGAAUCUCAUGCUCAUAACUUAGCAUUGAUCAAAUUAAGUCAACCGAUUAAAUUCGAGAGAAGGCUCUCGCCAAUCUGUUUGCCAAAUCCAGGUUCGACUUAUCUUGGACAAGUUGGGACGUUGAUUGGAUGGACAAUAAACGAAGAAGGAGAUAAAAAUAACCAAACUUGUCGACCACGAAAAUUGGGCCUUCCAAUUCUGGGCCAGGACGAGUGUAUCAGGUCGGGAAUAAAUCUUAUGAAUUUUCACAACGAUUCCGGUUGUGUUGGUGUAUUAGGUGGAAGCUCUAUUGUAUGUGAGAACGACGUUGGUUCUUCGGUACAAUAUCGGUCAUAUGCUGGAAUAUAUGAUCUAAUUGGUAUAAUUUCGGACGUCAAUCAAUGUGAUAGCAUUCCAGCAGUUUCGAUAUUCACAAGAAUUGGUCCACACUUAAAUUGGGUAUUGCAACAAACCAAAGAUGCAUGCUAUUGUUCAAAAUGAUAGUGUAUCAUUGUUUCGUGACACUUGCGUUUUGGCAAGGUUUUCUACAUAUAUGUUAAAUUAUCAAUUUUUAUUAUGUAUAUAUAGUUAUUUGAAUCAAUAAUGGUUAUCGCUUUAAAUUUUUGGA